CACAAAAGCACAAUGCGGGAUUGAAAGAUGCCUCCAGUUCUGUUUAUCGGGUGUCGCCAGAAUUUAGCCCGAAUUGAUGGGCCUCUGGGGGGACGGCCAAGGUGACAUUCCCUCCUCCUUCUUGCACACAAGGAUUUUGUUUAGAACUACUCAGGACUCACCUGCGCAACCUGACACGUGGCUUUCGUGGAAUGUUGAGACAAUGAUCAAGACCUCAGGCCGCUGUUUCAUCUCCUGUUCCUCCUGCCUUGGUUUCGUGGUUUGACGCACUCGCAGUUUCCUCGACAUGACAUGAACCCAGUGAGAAGAACAAAACAAAGCUAGCACCAGCGAGGUGGACAAGAAAAGCAAACCACAGCGUCCCUACUGACAUCUCAAACCGGAUCCUACAUACCUCCGCAGAACAGAGCAUACCUAAAGCAUUCUCCUUACUGGCAGACCUCGUGGUGCCUCUACCAGAGUCGUCAUGUCCGAAGCCACUUCCUCCACCGAGUCCUCCUCGCGUCUGCUGCGCGUCACGCUUGAAGGGGCCAUCAUGAGCGCCGUCUCCAACACCCUCGCCCAGGUCCUGAGAGCCUACCGCGGUGGUGGGGCGUUCAUAGAUCCGGUCGCACUCGUGCACUUUAUCAUUAUCGCCGUCAUCACUACGCCGCCGAAUUACAAGUGGCAGUUGGCGCUCGAGAGAAAUUUCCCGACCAAUCCCACGAAAAGCGACAAGGUCGUGGACGCGAGGGAGAAAAAGGACGAUGGUGCGCAAGCGGUGGGCAAGAAAGAGACGCUUUCCGUCACCAAUACAGUCGCAAAGUUCGUGCUGGAUCAGACCAUCGGGGCGUCGUUGAACACAAUCUGGUUCAUCAUCAUGAUCAACUUGCUGCGAGGCGAGAGUUUGAGCUACAUAGUCACAACCAUUCAAAGGGACUUUUUCCCUAUGCUUAUCGCAGGCUACAAGUUCUGGCCCAUCGUCACGCUCCUCAACCUCGUCGUGGUCCCCGUGGAACACAGGAUGUUUGUUGGAGGGCUGGCAGGGCUUGCAUGGGGUGUUUAUGUUAGUCUCAUGAACAUCUAAUGUCGAACAAGAGGCGGAACCUGGGGAGGGUCAUACAUGGAACGAGGCACACGCAGUACCGUCAUGUACGAAGUUAUGAUUAACGAGCACCGCCUAAACAUAGACCGAUACGGUUGAGACGUCACCUUGGCAAACGCCUCGCAGACAGCUGUUGAUUUGCUGGAGGGCAUAUUCAUAGCAGUGUCCUGAAGUUUGGACUAUCAAGUGCUGAUAAUGUAAAGUCAAUGGCUUUCUCGCAAACAUUUUCCUCCGUUGCCAUUAUCGUUAUCAUCAUCCCUUCGAC